AUGGCAACUCCAGUUGCCGCGAUCAACGAAUACGAGAGCAAGAUUAAAUUGCUUUAUCUGCAGCAAAUAGAGGUGGAUCGUGCGUCGAAGCAUAGUCUGAAAUGGGUGGUCCUCGGUGGGUUCACGAUGCAAUCACCACCAAACGAAGCGCUUCCCCUGGUGAUGCUCUCCUGGUUUUUCGAGUGCGACGAGGUCAAAAAUCAGGGAUUCGACGGUUUAACAGGCCGAAUCACCGUUCAAGUCAACAACGGAACCACGUGGACCAACUCGGCGAUCGAUUGCGAUUUGACUCGAUCUGUUCAUGACGUCCGACUGAAUAUCGAUAUUCCACCGUUCGCCGGACCCCUUCAAGCCCUUCAAAUGCGCUAUCAAUUCAAUUUAAUACCCUACUCGAAUAUUCUACCCGAAAUCCAUAUAGAUCCAAUCUUUAAAGCGUCCGAUAAAACUGAUGCGAUUUUGCUGGUUGACGGGAUGAAAUUGCAUGUUAAUAAAUCGUACCUGGCGAUGCAUUCGGACUUCUUUCAAAGUUUGUUCAUGGGAAAUUUCGCUGAAAAUUCGAUGGAAGAGAUUCCUAUCAAAGACGUCAGCUAUCAGGAUUUUCACUCGCUUCUGAAGGUUGUCUAUCCGAGACCAGAAUUUCCGAAUGACAAAAAAUGCGAGAAGCUUCUAGAACUAGCCGAUCGUUUCUUGAUGCCAGGCGUCACCGACCACGUCGAACAACACCUUCUAACCAACACUCAACUGGAAAACGAUCGUUGUCUCUGGAUGGCCGAUCGAUAUUCACUUCAGAAGCUUCGAGAACACUGUAUCUCGAGAAUCCAAUGCUCUCAAGACCUCACAAUCAUCAGAAAUUCGCCAGUGUUCUGUGAAUAUUCCGAUUUCACAAAGGCCAGAAUUCUGGAGAAAAUCAUUGAUAAAGUGGAAUGGGACGAGUUCAAAAGGGAGUGUUUGGAUCAUCAUCACUCGAUGAUUCGUCGUUCGAAUGGCGUCGGACAAAUUGACUAUAAACGAGUUCGAUUUCAAUAA